CCUCCGUAAAGUAUGGGUUCGUGUGUUGGAAGCUAUCGAGGAUUGCAAGAUAGCUUUAUUCAUAAAUUUUGCGAGAUGGCAAGACCUGAGAUCUACCGUCUGAUGGUGACACAAAACGUCAACCACAGCAUACUGAGCAUCCCGUCAACAAUGACGUCUUUUGGCCAGAGUGGCGACUAUUAUAACAUUGGCAUGUUUGACGUAUCCGGCUCCAUGUGCGAAGUGUGGCCACACAUUAAAGAAAACUGGAACAGAGAAGUUGCUCCCCUCCUUAAUGGUAGUACCGACAUCUACACCUUUGGCGAUGAUGUAAAGUUCCGCAGAAGCGAAACUAAUUUGGAGGAUGGUGAUUUUGACUGCUCUGGGACAGAGGAUUUGGGUGAAGCACUGAAAACCAUCCAUGAAAAAGUUCACCAGCGCAAGGAGAUUAACUGUCGAAUUUUCUGGAUAACUGAUGGAGGCAGCUGUGAAGACUCAGCUGCAAUUGGAAUUGAUGACUUGCAUAUACCCCAAGGCAAAACCAUUGAAUUUUAUUUGUUGGGGGUCGGUGAUAGCUUUCCAGUUCAGUACAGCAUUGACAUCAGGUCAAAACUGCACAAUGGUUCUGCCAGCUGUCCUACUCUCUUUUGGAAUAGGCUCUUGGACCAUGAAGGAACGCUAGCAGAAAUGGUCAAAAUAGGAGAAGAAGUAACUAAAGGCAUGUUGAAACUGAACGUUUCCAUCCCUGGUAAAAUAGUGCCUUUGAUACCAGAAACUAAAACCAACGCUCGAUGUGGUGAGUUUCUGUACUAUGAAAUGGAGCCAGAGCAACUCAAGUCCAGCCUGGUAAUAACUGCUGAGGAUGGAUCAAGUAUUCCUGUAGAAGAAGGUAUACGUCUUGCUGAUGCCAGGUUUCUGGUAGAUAAACUGUACAAGCAAUGGGUUUCUGUGAUCAUGCAGCGCCAUAGGAAUAAACAAGGUGUUCCCAUUGGCUUCUUCGAGAUGAUGGAGAAUUGCUUUAUCCUACAAAUGAAAGAUUGUGAUGAUGUUGCAAGCUCCAACAUAAAAGACCGAAUAGCGCGCAAGAAUAUCAAACAUUUGAAGCUAGAAUUCGCGACUCUGAUGAACCAAAGUCGGGGCAUUGUUUCUUUGGAAUCUAAGUUCCAGAAUGAGAUUGAGUUGGCUGAGGCCAUCUUCAAGUCUACCGUUCAGAGUCGUUAUGACGACAGGCUUCUUAAGAUCAAAGGCCAUGGAGAGUCUGAGUGGACCGAUGAUAUUCUUGCCUUCAAGGAGAUUUAUCUCUCACUGAAAGACGAGAUCGAAGCUCUGCCUGAGCCUGAAGCUGACGACUGUUGUAGAGUAUUGAUGGGCUCUUUCAUCGGCGAUCUCAAAGACCCGGAUUUUCUGGAUGUCCUGCAGCUGAAUAAAAUGAUAUUCUUGAUGACGAUGACGUUCACUGGCAUCCCAAUCUACGCGCCGGUCAAAGACUCGGCCCAGAUCAAUCCCUGGACGUUGCAUGUAAAGAAUAUUUGUGUAAGUCCGUUCGAGAUAUUGUCUCAACGAGUCAUAGAAUCUGCCUUGACUGCCGGAGCUGACAGCACGAAUGACAAGGAGAUCAGGUUACAGCAGGACAACCCUGGGUCUGUAUGCAACGCCAUUGUUCCUAUUGUACCCAAGCAACACUGCAAGGCGCUGAAGAAACUCAUCAGGACCAACGUUUUCGCAGUAGGUGCAACCUUCUGUAUCCUGAAGAACGCCCUCAUUGUCGAUCACUCCUGCCACCUUGCGGCUCUUGCGUGCGUGUGGUUCAAGACCAUACAAGACUACCCUGCCGCCAGCCGCCCUGAAUUCAUCGUCAAAAGACUCAGCGACAUUGAAGAGACCGCCAAGGUCUACAUGGACCGCCCCACCAUCGUCAACUACGUCUCUGCUCUGCAGAAGAAUCCUUCGUUGGCACUCAUGACAGAGUCGGAGGAACAAGAGGGCAGCGUCCUCAAGUGUGAGUCGAUCAUAAAGCCAGUUUUCCUGAUCAGUUUGGUAAAAGAUCAACUUAAGGACAUGGAGGACCCUGGCCUCCUGCUGAAGCUGAUAGUCGUGGAGUUCUUGGGUCGCUGUCUGUCCUCCUACACGUCCAAGUGUCCCUACAUGGACUUGACCACGUCGGUCACCGAGGAGAUGCGACAAGCCAAACUUGAACAAAUUUCCUCAGAGCUUCUCGAGGGCGCUGGGUUGGGCGACGCAGAGCUGCUGACGUCGUGCUUCGCCCGUCAGGACGUCGCUAAGCACGUCAGGCAGAAGGUCGCCGACGUCUCCGGGGACGUUAUCGCCAAGAGCUCCCUGCUGCCCGACGUACCUCAGCCUAACGUCGACAAGAUCGCACGGCUGCGUCACAGCGGUAGCGCGGGGCAGGUCAGCUGGCAGGGCCUGCAGGCCUGGGCCCAGGAGCUGGCGUGUGGGGCCACGCCCCUCUGGUCCCCAGCCUCCGUGCAGGACGCCUUCAGUGGGCCUAUGGUGGUGAGCUACGUGCACCACGCGCUGGAGCACCGCCAGUCACGUGAGCGCAUGACACGCGCGCUCACGAGCCACGUGGACGCGCGUGACGUCGUCAGCAAGAGGCUCAUUAGUGAGCAGGAGUACUUCAUCCGGCACAACCUCCUGCCAAAGGUGGUGUCUCGUGACGCAGCAGGUGCCCCGGAGCAGCUGGUGCAGCAGGUGGCGAGCAGAUCCCAGGCGGGUACCCGCGACCGCCCCAAGCCGCCCUCCAUCACAACAG